AUGGGUUCAUGUGCUUGCAAUGAUAGAGAAAGUUCCAAAGACAGUACAAUCGAAAUUUAUCGAGCUAAAAUGCUAAUAGAAUAUGUGAAAGGGUUGAAACAUGACGAAGGGAAAAGGAAAAUUGCUAUGAAAAAGCAAGCAGUCGAAGAUUUGAGUAGUAAGAGCUCAGAAAGUGAAAUAGAAAAAGAUAUUGCUGAUGAUUCUUAUAAAUAUUCUGACGAAGAGGUCGCAGAUGAAGACUCUUAUGGAAGUUUUGAAAUACCUGAAGAAGUUCGUGUAGGAGAUAUUUUUGUAGCAGAUGAUGGAAGUAGGUUUAAGCUGAAUAAUAUAGAUGGAGUAACACAAAGAAAAAUUUUGACUUGCUUGAGCUGUUUAGUCAGGAUUGAUGAUAUAGGAUAUAAAAAUCAUCUCAAUUCUGAACAGCAUAAAUAUAAUCUUGAGUAA